CCAGAGAGAAGGGAUGAAGCCUUCUUUGCGGGCCUGAGGAGGAAGCGCAAGGUCAAGGACAGCCUUGGGUCACCAGCGUAGUUUGGAGGCAAGCCUGCAGGCGCAUUCCCGUUUCUCAGCUUUGAACUGACGAAUCUACACCGGCCAGCAGCAUGUUAAGAUGGCUAGCUGUGCCAACGCAUGCAGACACUUCAGGAGGAAGCCGUGUGCACCAUCUACCUGGAUUACUUCAAGGAUCCGGUGUCCAUCGCCUGCAGGCACAACUUCUGCCACGGGUGUGUGACUCAGCUGUGGGGUAAGGAAAAUGAGGAAGAUCGGGAGGAAGAUGAUGAAUGGAAGGAGGAUGAGGAAGCCGUGGGGGCCACUGGUGGAUGGGACAACUCCAUUCUAGAGGUAUUGUGGGGGAAUGCCAACGAGGAGCUGUUCCAGGAUCCAGAAGAUGAUGAACUCUGGGUUGGUGACAGUGGUGUAAGUAAUUGGAACAAUGUGGAUUAUGUGUGGGACGGGGAAGAAGUGGACAAGGAAGAUCGGGACUAUUACCCAGGAGGCUUGAGACUUGACCUGAGAACUGAUGUCUACCCAGAAGAUGAGGAGGAAUUGGAAGCUUACAAUGAGAAAGAAGAUGAAGAGGUGUACCCUGACAUCCACCCUCCAGGGCAGUUCAUUUGCCCCCAGUGCCAAAAGAGCUUUAUAUGAUGCAGCUUUCGUUCCAACAUGCAGCUGGCUAACAUGAUCCAGAUAAUUCGCCAGAUGUGCCCCACUCCUUAUGGGGGAGGAGGGAGGACUGGUCAAGGCAUCUGUCCCAAACACCAGGAAGCCCUGAAACUCUCGAGGUCGACAGAGGCCAUCUGUGUGGUGUGCUGAGAAUCCAGGAGCCACAAACGGCACACAUGGCCUUUGGAGGAAGUGAUGCAGGAGUACAAGGAAAUAAAGUUGGAAAGAACUCCUUGACUGGUAGGAAUACAAAGACGAUAGAAGAGGAAAGCACUGAGAGAGAGCAAGACCUAUAAUCAGUGAGGUGUAUGAAAGGUACAACAAGUUGGGUAGC